AAAUAAGGAUAUAUCGGGCAUUCGGAUGAAAACGCAAAUCAGCUAUAAAAGGGAAGCAACUUUUUUCGACCCUCGCUACUGAAGCCCUAACCCUAGCUUAUCAGCGGCAGCAUUCUCGCGACAAUCUAACGAAGCUCGGUAGCCAUGGCGGACAUCUCGGAUGCUGUUGAUGUAGGCGGAGCGCAGCCCAAGAAGAGAACUUUUAGGAAGUUCUCAUACAGAGGGGUUGAUCUUGACCAGCUCCUGGAUAUGGGCACCGAUGAGCUUGUUAAGCUCUUCCCCGCCCGCGCUCGUAGAAGGUUUCAGCGAGGUCUGAAGAGGAAGCCCAUGGCUCAUCAAGAAGCUUCGCAAGGCGGUAUAGUGCUUUGUUCAUUUGUUUUUAUUAAUUUAUUUUUCUGUUGGAUUUCGUCUACAAUCUCGGUUCCAUUUGUGUCUCUGAAUUUAGUAUCCACUCGAUAGUUAUUAAGCCUCCAUUUUUUACGUGUCUUUCUCUUAUUGUUUCCCAGCGUUCUAGGGUUAGACCUUGCACCAGUGCUGUUUUUGAUAUGUUGCAUUCCAAUCAGUAAUGUGUUUAGGAGGUGAUUUGGUGAACCAACAGUGUCCCUGUUACCUAAUUAAAAUGGUGCACAUGGUUUUUUAUACUCCCAAGUACUCUAAUGGGUUUGCUAUACAAGUUUAGUUUUUAGUGUUUUUUAGUUUCAUGUAUUUGCAGCGCUGUAACUAAGAACUGGAAGAAAUAAAUGGCACCGCAUUAGAUGCA